CAGCGCGGUAUUAUAAUUGACAUCACUACUUAUUGCAUUAUUACUUAGAUCAGAUUAUGAGGGUAUCAUUAGUCAAUAGGAAUAAUUUAAGUUGUUCAACUUUUUAUACUUCUUACUGUAGACUAUAACUGUUGGUUACAGCAAUAGACCUAAUGCGGGGUUUCUAAAGUUAUAUGCGCCACUAGAUUGUUGGUUAUCUGCAAACAUGAAGGCUUAGAUGUAGAGGAUUCAGUUGGCUUGUACAAAGUCUACUCACAUAUCAUAUUUAUCGGAAAGCAUUUUUUUUACAUUUUGAACACUUAGGUCUGAUUUAUUUGUCUGAUUAUUCAUUUAAAGUUACUAAGCUGAUAUGGAUCCCGAGAAGUUUUUAAAUUUCCAAAUGCAAAUGCGUGAAAAUAAUUUAGAAGUAGAAAAUUUCCUAAAUGAUUUUGAAGCAUGGAAGGAAACAGUUGGAUCAAAAAGCAAACAAUUAGAGAGCACAUGUCAACCGGAGUUGCCGGCUAUUCGUAAUAGUCUACUAAAAAAGCAUAAAAAGAAAGCAGUUAAACAAAGUGUUAACAAUAAAAAGGUUGAACGAAUCAAAUCAUAUGAUUAUCGUGCUUGGGAUAAAUUUAGUGCUAAGCAGGCCUUAGAUGAUGAUGAACAUAAUGAUAAUCGUGAUGUUGAUAGAAACUCCACUUCUCCUAAUGACCAAGAUUGCAGUAGUGAAACGGAUGAAGAACAAGAGGAUCAGAGAAGAAUUCAGUUAUCUAAAGAAGCUCGUGAACUAGGCAAUGUUCGUUUUAAAGAAGGUAAACUAAAUGAAGCUAUUGAACAUUACACUAUGGCCAUACGACUUGCACCUGAAGAUUCUAUCCCAUAUAUAAAUCGUGCAUUUGCUUAUAUUAAAACAGAACGUUAUGCAUCAGCUGAAGCCGAUUGCACAGCUGCUUUAAGACUAGACAGAACUUCUGUUAAAGCAUUUUAUCGAAGAGCACUUGCUCGAAAAGGUUUGGGUCAUAUUACUGGAGCAAUUGAAGAUUUAAAAGAAUUGCUUAGAUUCGAUUCAGAUAAUAAAACUGCCAUAAAUGAGCUCGAAGCUUUAAUUGGUAAAAAGAAAAUUGCACACAUAUCUAAUUCCACCGUGUCUUGUAGUUCAAUUCAGUCGAGUAAUCCGAGAAAAAUGAGACGAAUACCAAUCAUUGAAGUCGAUGAUGAUAAUCAUAAUAAACAAAUAUUGAGUACACCUGUGCAGAAUAGUACAAAAUCUGUGUGUACUAAUAAUGAUAAUUCCGUCUCAAAUAAUAACAAGUGUUCUAUUUUGAAUAAAAAUCAAUCAAAAAAUGAGAAUGUUUUGUAUUCGACUUCACAGACAUCAGAUCGUUUGAAAUCUCGGAAUAGAUCCUCCAGUACGUCAACGUCAAUAGUACCAACCAGUGAAACGAUUAAUCCUGGAAGUGAUCAUAAUUUUAAACGACAAAUUCCAUUGUUAAAUAUGAACUUACAUAAACCACCAUCAAAUUGGUUUCAGUUAGAACGUGAACUACGUGAAUUAUGCCAAAGAAAUUCUUCAUCUAACUAUCAGUCAAACCUUAGUAAAGAAGCAAUCAUUUAUUUGUGUAAUAUUCAACCAGUUCAUUAUGUGAAAUUAUUCGGUGAAAAUAUGGAAAGUGAUUUCUUAUCACGUAUGCUACAAGCAUUUUAUCUUUCAGAUCAAUUAACAAAUCAACACAUUGUAGAUCGUUUAUUAUUUUUAUCAAAAUUGCCAAGAUUUGAUAUUGCUUGGAUGAUGAUUGAUGGAUCAGAACGUGUAAAUAUAAUUAAAUUUAUUAAAAAUUUACAGAAUGAUAAUUCACUUGAUAAAGAAUUACUCAAACAAAUUUAUGUACAGUUUGAAUGUGAAUAAAUCUCUAAUGUGGAUAGAAUAAGAGGAUAUUUUCUUACUGGAACAAUCAUUGACUUAACGAUAAUCAAAUAGCUUUCCAUUUGUUAUAUUUUAUUUUAAGUUGUCUGUUUUGAGUAAUGGGUUAAAUUCUAAAAAAAGUAACAUCUAAUAUAAACAAACCGAAAAAUGUACUUAUUGUAUUGAAGUUAUCCUAGGGUACCUUGGUUUCCAAAGGUUCGUCAGUUAUGAACUCGAUUUAUAAAUUAUGUAGUUCCUUC